UUUGUAUGAUAAGUAUUAAUAUAAAAGCAGUCGAAAUUUUGGGUAAGUCAUCAUUUCUUUUAAGUAAGAAAAGUAUCACAAACAUGUCUCGCUUUGCUUUCCUCGUGUUGUGUGUCCAAGUUUGCCUGAUCCAGACUGUUCUGUGCGGGCUGCCGUGCGGAUGCAAUCAGAUCUCUUACGCGCCCUCCGGUUGCGUUGGACUUGGCGGAGUAGGGAAAGUCAUCGAAAAGUACAGUGUUAGUGCACCCAGCUGCAGUAUUAAUGCAUAUGAAUACAGUGUACCUAGCGUCAGCUACAGUAAACCUAUCAGCGUAAGUGCACCUAGCAUCAGCGUGGGUGCAUCUACCAUCAGCAGCGGCUAUGGCGCGUCGUACGGCGGCUCGGGCACCGGAGUCGUGAGCGCUGAGGGUAUCGUCGGCGCGUCCGGCGAAUCGGCCGUCGUCGGAUCCGUGCCGGUGCUCGGCUCAGUGGCGUUCAGUGGCAAGGUGCCGGCGAGAGGCUCCGUGUCCAUCCAGGGACAGUGCGGGUGUGGCUGCAAGUAUAAAAAUUGGUUCAAAUUCUGGGUUGAUCAUUCUGUCAAAGAAGUACACAAGUCACGAACAAUGUCUCGCUUCAGCAUCCUUAUUCUCUGCGUCAUGGCUUGCCUGAUCCAGAUGGCUUUAAGCCAGAAUUGCGGUUGCAACCAACUCUCGUACAACGCUGGCUCGUACGGCGGCACCGGCACCGGACAGGUGGGCGUGUCCGGCAACAUCGACGCGUGCGGCAACACCUGCAUCGUCGGUUCCGUGCCCGUGCUCGGCUCCGUGGACUUUGGCGGCAAGGUCGCCGCGUCCGGCUCCGUGUCCAUCUCUGGACAGUGCGGAUGCGGAUGCAACUAAAUUAUUUUUAAUAACCUUUUUUUACUCAUUACACAAGUAUUUCUAAAUAAGAA